AUGGGUGGUGAUCUCAACUUGAAGAAGUCGUGGCACCCACAUCUGCGCAAGAAUCAGGAGCGAGUAUGGAAGGAGGAGAAGUCUGCGCUCGAGGAGCGCAAGCAGAUUGAGAAGCUGCGCAAAGAGCGGGAAGAGGAACGGCAGAUUGAAGAACUACAGAAGCUGCAGGAGGCAUCAGGCGGCAAGGUCGUCACGAAGCGCGUAGAUUGGAUGUACGGAGGUCCAAGUGGAGAAGGCGGUGCCGUGACCGAAGAGCGCGAAGGUUAUCUUCUCGGCAAGCGUAGGAUCGAUAAUCUACUGAAGAGCGACACGACAAGCUUGCAGAAAGGCGCUGCUGUUGGCAUUGAUGCUGUCGGGACCGACAAUCUGAAUGCGCCCCGCGACACCCACAAGAAGGUCCUACAGGAUCCACUUCUGAUGAUCCAGAAGCAAAAGAUGGAGAUGCAGUUGAAGGCUAUGAAGGACGCCCAAAAGCAAGCCAAGUACGAGGAGAAGCGCACGAAAGAGAAGGAGCGAGAUCGGAAACACAAGGACAAGGAGAGGCACAGGGACAGGAGCAGAGACCGAGAGCACAAGCACCGCAGUCGACGAGACCGAUCGCGCUCGAGAUCUGACGAUUACGACGAUCGCGAUAGGAGAGAGCGCAAGCACAGGAAGCACGAUCGCGACGAGAAAGAUAACAGAGGCAGCCAUCCGAGCGACGACGUUCUCGGUCUCCACGAAGAAGAGACGAACACGAAGAGCGCGACAGUUACAGAAGACGCGAUCGCACACCACCGCGGCGCUCACACGAUAAACCUCGUCGAACCGAAAGAAAGCGUCGCUGAACGUCUUGCAAAGAUGCAGGCGGCUGCAUCGACGCUCGAAGAGCAGCGUGCUGAGCGCGUGCGUCUUCAGGGGAUCAAAGAUGCAGAAGAAGAGGCUCGACUCAAGGAGAACAAGGAUGGUGGACGUCGCUUCAUCAACAGCAUUCGUGGCCAAGCUUCCGAGAUGGACUUGGGCGAUGCGAUCGCUCGUGGCCGCCAGAAUUAUCACAAGGAGCUCGAUGUCUAA